AUCAACAAAUAAAUGCAAGUUCAAACAUUUUGCAAUGGUUUAUUGACUACUUCUUUUGCUGUGGGAUCUUGGUUUAAAAUUAGUUCGACUUGAAAAUGAGGAUUACGUAUCACUGGAUAACAAGUGUUAUAGGCGUAUACAUGGUAUUUUUUAAUGGCGAUGAAAUAAAUGGUGCUAUACUGGACUCCCGUUGCUAUCUCGAAGGUGGUGGUUCGGCAGAGAGCUUUCUAGUAAAUGAAGAUCUUGAAGUAGGAGCAAUUAUUGGAAAAUUACGUAUAAAUGGAAAUCCCGAUAUUAAGGAAGGCGAUAUUGAUUUAACACUUCGUGAGAAGGACGCGCCUUUAAAAAUUGUUCCAAGUACUAAAGGUUUAUCAUUAGCCGUGGAAUUAGAUAAAGAAGGAGUUCGUGGCCCGUCUUCAAUUUACGUCAAUGUAAUUUGCACUCGACGUCGAUCUACCGAUCCUAGUUUCGUUAUUCCGAUAAACGUACGCGUGAUCGAUGUUAACGAUAACGCCCCACUCUGGAUAGGUGCACCAUAUACGCUCACCCUCUCGGAAGUCACUGUACCUGGUACGAGGAUACUUCAAGGUGCACAUGCCGAAGAUGCUGAUCAGCCGGGCCCGUUUUCCAUGGUUGAAUACCAGACUUUGCCAGGCCCAUAUUAUGGAUUUGUGCAGUUUCUAAGCCCACUCGAAGGUACACUAGUACUGAAAAAGUCAUUGGAUUACGAGACUUUGCAAAAUUUUUCUGUGAAACUAAGAGCCCAAGAUCAAGGCAGUCCACCUAAGUAUACCGACACUACAUUGAGAGUAGUUAUUACAGAUGCAGAUGAUCAAAAUCCUAAAUUUCAGUAUGAAUCAUACUCAGGGGAGCUACCAACUGAUGGCCGGCCAGCGGAAUUAAGAUUACGCCCUGAAUCAAUAAAAGCAGUCGAUCAGGACGAGGGCAUAUGCGCCCCUAUGCAGUACUCAAUCGUUCAAUCACAGGACACUAAAAACUUUCGAAUCCAUCCAAAUAGUGGCAUUAUUAGCUUGCUCACGCCAAUCGGUUACGGGGAUCUUGUCAACGGUGCCACGUUGGUGGUGAAGGCAACACAAGUAGACAAUGCAGAUCGUUAUGCACUGACAACAGUUAUGUUGACUCGAACUGGAAAGAAUUCCGAUAUAACCAGUUUGUCAUUUGUGCAGAAAAGAUUUUUGAUGCGCAUACGCGAGGACACGGCCGUGGGAAACCGUAUUUUAGCUUUGCCUUCAAAUAAACCAGGAAAGCACUUGAAAUAUACUAUUCUGGAUCCAGUGAAUUCGAAAUUCUUCAGUGUGGGCUCAUUAGGGGAAGUAAUUUUAGUUAAACCCCUGGAUUAUGAAAAAAUUACAAAGCACGAGUUCGAAGUAAUGGCUACUGAUGGUUUGACAAAUAUUACCGCGGAUAUCACAUUGGAAGUAAUUGAUGUAAAUGACUGGGAGCCAAGAUUCCGUGAGACACAUUAUGAGUUCUUCGUACCUAAGACCACCUAUUUGAAAUUAUUCAAACGAAUAAAUAUAAUAGGUGGCAUACGCGGUACGUCUGACUCGCGAGUCAUUUGUGUACGUGUUGACUCGCCUUCAANAAAAAUUACAAAGCACGAGUUCGAAGUAAUGGCUACUGAUGGUUUGACAAAUAUUACCGCGGAUAUCACAUUGGAAGUAAUUGAUGUAAAUGACUGGGAGCCAAGAUUCCGUGAGACACAUUAUGAGUUCUUCGUACCUAAGACCGUAAGUACAAGUUAA